AUGGAACCGGCAAGGCCAUUUUUCACUACUAGCUCUGCGACCAGCGAAAGAUUUGGUGAAGAAAUUAGACCCGAUUGUGAUGAAAUUGAAGCAGCAUGUACUGUCGAUAUUGUUGAUAAAGAAUUUCGCCCAGAUAGAGCAGAUGAUUUUGUAACUCAACCUGUUUCCCCCGGUACACCACAUGUAGUCACAUCGUCGGAUGGUGGUGAUGAUAUCAUUGAGGAGCUGAAGUCAGGGAUGGAGUUCAAUACGUUUAAAGAUCUGUUGGUCUAUUAUAAACAGUAUGCAAAAAGUAGUGGGUUUGGGGUGAUGACACAAAGGAGUGAGAGGGCUGAUGAUCAAAGUGUCAGAUAUGUCACCCUUGGUUGUGCACGUGGAGGGAAUGCCCGGAUUAAGAGUUCCAAUCCGGCGAACCCACGUCCGACGGGCAAGACUAACUGUAAGGCCCGGAUUAAUGCACUAAGAAUUGAGGGAAAGAUGCGGUUGACAACAGUGAAUAACGCACAUAAUCAUGUAAUCAGCCCACAGAAAUCCCGCUUCUUUCAGUGUAAUCGAGAAGUUAGUGAGACCGUUAAAAGAGUCCUAGACACAAAUGACUUAGCUGGCAUCCGAAUGAACAAGAGUUACAGAUCUCUCGUGGUUGGCGCAGGUGGCUUUGAGAAUCUCCCAUUUUUAGAAAAGGAUUGUCGCAAUUACAUCGACAAAGCCCGACAUCUGCGACUUGGUGCAGGUGGAGCUGGAGCACUUCGUGAUUAUUUUAUGAGGAUGCAGUUUAAGAAUAACGGCUUUUUUGCGUUGAUGGAUUUAGACGAUGACGGGCGGUUAAAAAAUAUUUUUUGGGCCGAUCCACGUAGUCGGGCAGCCUAUAAGUAUUUUGGUGAUGUCUGUAUGGAUGGAAUAGCUCCGAAGGCUAUUAUUACUGAUCAAGACAGAGCAAUGAAAAAUGCCAUUGCUAUUGUCUUUCCUGAAGCGCGACAUAGAUUUUGCCUAUGGCAUAUACUUAAGAAAGUCCCCGAGAAGCUUGGAUCAUAUGCGACAUACCGACUUGGGUUGAAAACAGAGCUGAUGAAAUGUGUGUAUGACACACAGACGAUUGAGGAGUUUGAAAAUUGUUGGGCUGGGUUUAUUAAUACAUACGACUUACAUGAGAAUGCAUGGUUGACAAGUUUAUACAUUGAGCGUGAGCAUUGGGUACCGGUUUUCCUGAAAGAGCACUUUUGGGCUGGAAUGAGUACAACCCAGCGCAGCGAGAGUAUGAAUGCGUUUUUUGAUGGUUAUGUCCAUUCAAAGAAAAACUUGAAAGAGUUUGUUGACCAGUUUGACAAUGCAUUGAAGAAAAAGAUUGAAAAUGAAAAUCAGGCGGAAUUCCAGUCAUUCAGCGGCACCAUUCCCUGA